CCGGCCGAUCUGGGGUCUUGCACACAAAGGGCGAGAGAGGGGCGUGGGGAGGCUGGAAAGCAUCGCUGCCCCCCUGCUGGCCCGGCGACGUCCGCUCAGCAGCCUGCUGAGGAGUGGGGACGAAGAGCAGCCUAAACUUAGGGCUCGGGAUGUUUCGAUGCCACCCAAAUUGCCGUCCUACCCCAACCAGGCAGGGAGAGGAGCGGAGUGCGCGCGCGAGCUGAGUGAGUGCUUACGUCGCAGCGAGAUCUGUGCUGGGAUAAUUAGAGAGGAGUUGGGCUGAGCCGAGUCCUCUUUUAGCAGCAGCAGCCGGAGCCGCCGCCGCAGCCCGAAGGGGCGCGCCCGACUCGGACAGCUCGGGAGAGCCCCGGGAGAGGCCAGCGCCGCGCAGCAGCCGCCCGGCUGCGCCCACCGCCCCGGCUGCUCCCGGAGGGCGCACAAAGGCGGUGACCGCCCGAGUGGCCUUCUCCACCCAGGCGUUCGGAUCCUCCUCCCCAUCUUCUCUCCCGAAGGCGAAAAUGGCAGGGCCAGGCGAGGACCUGGGACAGCGGUGGCCCUAGCCCUGCGAUCCCCACCCCUCCUGCUGGGAGAGGCUGCGGGCUGCCCGCGGACGAUGUGGCCGCGACUGCCCCCGAGCGCAUCUUCGGCCCGGGUCCCCGCCGCCGCCCCUCUUCUCUGCUCCUUCCAUCCUGCCCAGAGGAGUUGAUGCCGCUGUCGCCGCCGCCGCCGCUGCUGAAGCCGCGGCUGAUGGAUGCCAGGGAGUGCCGCAUUGCUUAGCGACCCCGCCUCCGGGUUUGCUGAUGAUCUCUCUCCGCCCUGGAGCUCAGCGCUGAAGAGCUACCUUAUUAUUAAUCAGAAUUUCCAUCGCCACCCCUGGCAGGCGUAUCCUUCAGCAGGGACCGCAGGAACAUUCACAGUGCAGGGGCUGAGAUGUGCGUGGGGGUUGUUUUUGUUACAUCUUGGAAGAGAAGAGAAGAGGACAGUACCAAGAUCAGAACCACCCGUGCUAGGUGGGAUUAGGGGUGAUUUGUUAGGAGAGAGAAAGGACAAGAAGAGGCGUGCAGAGCCCUUCAGGGGUUUACAUCUCUUUAAAGGAAAGGGAAGAGGGAACCAAAGUGAGGUGUUGUAUUUUAGUGGGCGGAGGAAGAAGUUUACAACACUCCGUCCCCCACCCCCACCCCAGUAAAGCUGGGGGAAAGUAGGAGCAACAGGGCACUUGAUUGGACACCAAGAUUAUUAAUUUCCUGUAGGGGAGAGGAAGGAGGCAGCAGGAGGUCUGGGGGCUGGAGUCUGGUGGUGGCAAGGGCCAGGUUUGCUUUGGGACAGUCAACAAGGGCUUCUGAGGGAAAUCUCCGGGAUAGGCAGAACAAUGACUCAUUUGCAAGCUGGUCUCUCCCCUGAGACCCUGGAGAAAGCUCGCCUGGAGCUCAAUGAAAACCCAGACACGCUGCACCAGGACAUCCAGGAGGUGAGGGAUAUGGUCAUCACCAGGCCGGACAUUGGCUUUCUGCGCACGGAUGAUGCCUUCAUCUUACGCUUCUUGCGGGCUAGGAAGUUUCAUCACUUUGAGGCCUUCCGCCUCCUGGCGCAGUACUUUGAGUACCGGCAGCAGAACCUGGACAUGUUCAAAAGCUUUAAGGCCACCGACCCUGGCAUCAAGCAGGCACUGAAGGAUGGCUUCCCGGGGGGCCUGGCCAAUCUGGACCACUAUGGCAGGAAGAUUCUAGUCCUUUUUGCUGCCAAUUGGGAUCAGAGCAGGUACACACUGGUGGACAUUUUGCGUGCCAUCUUACUUUCUUUAGAAGCCAUGAUUGAAGAUCCUGAGCUUCAAGUGAAUGGGUUUGUUUUGAUCAUAGACUGGAGUAACUUCACUUUCAAGCAAGCCUCUAAACUCACACCAAGUAUGCUGCGAUUAGCUAUUGAAGGCCUGCAGGAUAGUUUCCCAGCGCGAUUUGGAGGAAUUCAUUUUGUUAAUCAACCAUGGUAUAUACAUGCCCUGUACACCGUGAUCCGGCCUUUCCUGAAGGAGAAAACUCGCAAAAGGAUAUUUUUGCAUGGUAACAACCUGAACAGUCUACACCAACUAAUUCAUCCCGAGAUCCUGCCCUCCGAGUUUGGAGGAAUGCUGCCUCCUUAUGACAUGGGGACAUGGGCAAGAACACUGCUAGACCAUGAAUAUGACGAUGACAGCGAGUACAAUGUAGACUCCUACAGCAUGCCUGUGAAGGAAGUAGAGAAGGAACUCUCCCCCAAGUCCAUGAAGAGAUCUCAAUCAGUAGUGGAUCCUACAGUACUAAAACGCAUGGAUAAAAAUGAGGAAGAAAACAUGCAACCAUUGCUUUCUCUGGACUAAUAACUUCUCUACAUCCCCUUCAUGGAUUAGAAAUGGGAAGUAUUGGUUUUCAGCAACAGGGACAGCACUGUGGAGGAAUUACCAGCUGGAAACCGACUUAUUCAUGUUAAUGUAGCAUAAUAUAUAAUAAGGCAUCAGGCUUUCCUUGGCCUGAACCAUGGGGGCCCUAGGCUGGAUUUUUAAAAUGUCAAUAAUUUAUUCUGUAAGUGCCAAGUUAUUUGUAAAUAUAAUGUAAUCUUCAUGUCAAGUUUGUAAAUUUCAGUAGUAACUCAGUUUGGAAAAAGGUUGGCUCAGAAGUCCAUGCCAGUGAUAUGAACU